AUGGAAACGAUAUUGAAUUCGCAGCGUCUUGACUCGGACCCAAAUUCGUCGUCAGCCGCGAAAGAGUGGAACCAUUGGCUCCAAACGUUCAACAACUUCAUUCAAGAAUGCGGCGAUAAAGCCCCAAACAAACACCGUACUCUCAUCAAUUAUGUCUCUCACAACGUUUACGAUUACAUCGAAGAUUGUCAGGACUUCGACUCGUCUAUUGAAGCACUAAAUAAUCUUUAUAUGAAGCCUCCGAAUGAAAUAUUUGCACGUCAUCUACUUGCUACAAGGCAACUCUACUUGAAGACGGCGUUUGAUCAGGCCAACGCGUUAGACUUAGCCCAGAAAAACUCUGAAGCCUAUGCUCCAACCGAAAACUCGGCAGCUUCUAUUUCUACUGAAAGUGGUGUUGAGGAUCCUUUACCAAGUGAUAACCAUGUGUCGGCAGCAUCCAAACCCCAAAGAAAGUGUUAUUUCUGUGGCGACCCUAUUCACAAUAGAAAGGAGUGCCCUGCACGCAGUUUUGUCUGCAACAAUUGUGGUAAAACUGGCCAUUACGCUAAAGUUUGCCAGUCUCAGGCUGUAAAAGGGAGGAAUUAG